UCCAAAUCCAUUUAAUCCAUGAAUUGAUGGAUUGGAUUCAUGGGUCCAUCACUAAUCCACCAAUCCAUUAGCCUAACCUGUUCAGUGUAAAAAUCAAAAGAAACCCUUAACCCUUUGGAUGGACGACAGAGUCGGCAACUCCGGAGAAACCCUUAGCCAUAGCCGAUUGACUGUCGACUGCCGUUCACCCAAGGUCUUCGUUAGCGGCUUCCUUGCCGCCUCCCUUUCCAUCUGAAACCCACCUCGCCGCCUCCUCACCAACUUCAGCUAUCGACUUAUCGCCUCUCUCUCUCUCUCUCUCCACCCUUUCCCGUCCAGCUUCGCCAAUCACUCAAUUCGCCCAAACCCUCGAAGAAACUUUUGAUAUGUUUGACGAGAACCGAAGAAUGAUUAUCGCCUCCAAGGUUUUUGAUGAUCUCUCUCUUUUUCUUUCUUCCUUUAUUCAAUACCCAAUUUCAGACUCUAGGACUCGCCAUGGCAGUUUCACUUCUUGUAGAGUAGUUCUCUAUGGUUUUCCUGAUUUCUGGGUUACAAAACUCUUAGAAGAAAUACCCAGUUCCACAUCUUGUAGACUCGCCAUGGAAGUCUUGAUUAUGAGUUUUUUCCCCUCUAAUGGCGGUUAGUUUUGUCGGGUUUCAGGUCUCGUAGAGAAGAGACUUCACAGAAACCCAACAAAGCUUUUGCUCGCUAGUCGAUUCAACCCUUGAAUCUGGUCUAAUACAGGGUCAGGUGACUCAGGUCUUAUCUCUUGAAUUAAAUUACCAUUAGCCUAGCAGCACUCCCACUUUAAUACAUGGUCGGGUUAUUCACUGAUUUGGUGAAGUGGGUUGAUCUUUUUUGUUGAUAAAAGAGCAUAUAUGUGCUUUGUUUGUUGAAUUUAGUUGGUAUACUGCUGGGUUUCUUGUUUCUGGUGAAGUUGGUAAGUAUGGUUCCUUCUACCGUUUACUGAUGGCUGUCUUUAUCAAGAUGUUAUGCAUUCCAUUUGAUAAGAAGGUCAAGAGGCAACAAAGUAGGAACAGAUUCAACUGUUCAAGGUGCCACUAUCCACUCAAUAAUGAAAAUUGAGCCUCUUACCUCUGGAUCCAUCCAUGCCUGUCUGAAUUUUGCACAAAAACACAGGUCAAAGAAGAAGGUUGCUAAAACAGAAUAAUAGUAGAAGUGUUAUACUCUGAUAGAGCUUCAGUUCCCUGUAACUGCACUCUGUGCAAUCAUAAUUUUAAGAUCAAACCUUCUUUUCAGCUCCGUCUGUUAUUCAUGAACCUUGUUUGGCUACUCCAUAGUUUUGGUUGCUGAGUACUAAACAUAUUACAUAAAGCAUGAUUUGCUGGAGUCCGAGUCUUGGAUCCCAAUUGUCGUGGUUCUUACUUCCUGAAAUAGUACCUCGCUAUAUAAAAUUCAUGUCAAUUAUUUGUUUUCUUGUGUUUUGAUGUAAUGGUUGUCCAAUUCCAGUGGUAACUAAUUCUGCUCUGCAUUUUCUCUGCCAACAGUUGGCUGAUUCCAGUGGUAACUAAUGGCUACUUUGAUGUCAAGUCAACAAAGAAAUGUGAGGAACAAUGUUGAUGGUGGUAGUUCUGCAGAUGAGGAAGAUUUAGCAACGGUGUUGACGUCUAGGGGUUCAACAAGAAAUAAAAAAAAAAGCGGCAAAGAACUUCUAAGGCAUGGGAUACAUUUAAUUAUAUCCCUGGGAACCAAUUUGCAGACAACAAGCCUAGAGCACAAUGCAAAAACUGUCCCAUGCUUUAUGUGGUAAAUAAAGGUAUUUCUAAUCUCACUCGUCAUAGCCUUAACUGUGUUGGACAUGCAACUGAAGUGCCAGUGUUGGCUAUUGGAAACUCAAAAGCAAUAGAUCAGAAUAAAUUUAAGGAGCUAAUGGCUAUGGCUAUCAUAAAGCAUGAAUAUGAAUUUGCAAUUGUUGAGCAUGGUGGACUUCAGAAUGUGAUGGCAUACUUGAAUGAUGGUUUUAAGUCAUUUACUCAGAACACUACUAAGUCUCAUUGUUUGAAGGUUUAUAAGAGGGAAAAGGAAAAGUUGAAAACUAUCUUGAGCAAGGUUCCUGGUAGGCUAUGUUUGACUUGUGAUUUGUGGACUUCUUGUGCUACAGAAGGCUAUCUUUGUCUCACUGUUCAUUAUGUGGAUUCUGAAUGGAGGUUAAAUACUAAGAUCUUGAACUUCUGUCACAUUGCCCCUCCACAUAGUGCAAUAGUUUUGUUUCACGUUGUGUAUUGAUCUGUUGAAGGAGUGACAAAUUGAAAAGUAAGUUUUCUCGAUAACAUUGGAUAAUGCUAGAUGCAACGAUGUCAUGCAAAGUUUGUUGAUCGAUCAAUUGAAAGAAGAUGAUGGGUUGGUAUGUGAUGGGAAUUAUUUUCAUGUUCGUUGUGGUGCCCAUAUUCUAAACUUGAUUGUGCAUGAAGGGUUAAAACAGAUUCGUGCUUCGAUAGAUGUAAUUAGGGAGUGGGUGAAAUAUGUUAAGGGAUCUGAAUCUCGAAUGAUUGUCUUUGAAUAUUGUGCCAAAAGAAGCAACUGUUUAAACUCGAAAGGGUUGUGGUUAGAUUGUCCGACUAGGUGGAAUUCAACAUACAUGAUGCUUGAAAGGGCUGAGCUCUAUCGUCGUGCUUUUCAGCAUUUGAAGUUGGUUGAUAGAAACUUUGAACGAUUUUCGUCAGAUGUCGAAUGGGAAAAGAUCAAGAAAAUUAAGAAGAUUUUGAAACCAUUUGAUGACAUCACAAACCUUUUUUCUGGAGUUCAUUAUCCUACUUCGAACUUGUAUUUCUGCAAUGUAUGGAGGAUUCAAAUGCGGUUGAUGGAGGCAUCUAGAAGUAUGGAUAGUGAUAUUCGCAAUAUGGCUUCAGCAAUGAAGGAAAAAUUUGACAAGUACUGGGAGUCCUAUAGUACUAUUCUCUCUAUGGCAGUGGUCUUUGAUCCACGAUACAAGUUGGAUUCUGUGAAGUUUUGUUAUGAGAAGUUGUAUGGGGAUAUAAAUGUUGCUAAAUCAAAGUGUUCUGAGCUCCAAGGAAAUAUAUGUGAUCUACUCAAGGUUUAUGGUGAUCCCGGUGAUCAAUCUCCAUCAUUUGCUGAGAAUAUUGAUGAAGAUGUGGACUAUGGAGAUGAUAUGGAAGAGUUUGAUUCAUUUGGGGAAAAUCAGUUCUUAGGCGAUAGAACACAAUUAGAUGAAUAUCUGGAUGAUAAGAGACUCAAGCGCAAACAACCAUUGGAUGUUCUUGUUUGGUGGAAGAACAAUGAAUCUCAAUUUCCUGAGCUUGCUCACUUGGCCAGAGAUAUUUUGAGCAUUCCUAUCACAACCGUAGCAUCAGAGUCGGCUUUCAGUAUGGGCGGAAGAGUUUUAAGCAGUUGGCAGAGCUCUCUUUUGCCUGAAAAUGCCGAAGCCUUAAUUACCACUCGUAAUUGGUUAUACGGAUUUCCAAGCGGUGAUCAUGAUAAUGGACUUGAGGUGAAGAUUUCGAAGACAUUUGGAGCAUCCUCGGUGGCCUCUGAUUGUACUCCUCUCUCAGAUGAAUGAUAAUUGUGCAUGAAGUGCCACUAUUUAAAGCUGAUGUUCUGGUGUAGAUGGAGCUGCUGGAGACGUAGCAUUAUGCUGUUGAUGAUGAGAUGAUGCACUUAUGUAGAUGAUGGAAACUCUGAUAUGUGUGUUUCAUAUUUGGGUUUGAUAUGUACCACUUUUGUGAAUUGUUGUUAUAAGUAGGCUUUUGUAGUUUUGGUGUUUGGUAGAAGGAGAUUCAGUGUUCUGUUGCUGCUAGUUUUGGUGUGUGAGAGAAGGAGAUUUAGCAGCUGCAGAAUGGAGUUCAUCAAUUUUAUGGGGAUCCAUUUCAUGAAAGUAUUAAGCUUUUAAUUUUUAUCAUGUACUCUGCUCUGUAAGAACAUGAAUCUUUCUACCUCCACCAUAGUCACUAUAAAAUGGGGAUCUUCUU